CCCUCCGAUCGAGAUCGACCUUUUUUUUGUCAGCAGCGGUGAAAUUUGGUGUACGGUAUCCCCGUAGGUGUCCCGCUCGUUUUUUCGCAAGGGUGAACAGAAGUGAUAUACAUACGUCGAUUUUUUGAGUGCGUGAAGAAAAGGAAACGAAAUUAUCGAGAGAAAAUAGCCAUCGAAACAGUGGCAAACGAUCGCAGGCUACGUUCCCCGAACGUAUCUAUUCGGUUUAUAUAGCAAAGUAUCAGCUGUGAGAAUAUCAAAUGGCAUUUACUUUGAGAAAUCCCCGUGUCGUGCAGACCUAUACCAUCGUGUCGAUCUUCUGCUUCAUCGGAAGUUUCUGCACGGCCGGGGCUUGUAUGGGCUACGGAUCUUCUUGUUGGGGAGCACAUGGAAAACGCAGCGAUAUGCAAGAUGUACCUGUCAUACGCAUCCUGGCAGCCAAGACUUUGUUGAGCGAAUCCCCGCAAAAGGCGCAAUGGAUUCUGUCCCGUUUGAUGACUAGACAACCCGUAUUACCAUUCACGGAUAAAUAUCAUGUUAGGUGGAGCGGUUUCUCUAAGGAUAAAACGUAUGUUUCGCCAAAGUGGGAUCGCUAUACGGCACCAAUGAACGACGAAACUUUUGAAUCAAUCAGAAUUCCAAUUAACAACGAAAAUGAAAACGAUGAGAGGAAAGCCAGCAUUAUACAAAGUGCAAUGCGUAAGAGAAACGAAAAAUUUGAAAACACUCCAGAAAUCUUAUUAGUUUCGUCUAAUGAGUACGAUAAACUAAUUAACGAUCCUUACAAGUUAGAUGUACUCAAGUUUCUGAAUGAAGGGAACGGAAAAGCGGAAUAAACGGAAUAAAAGACUGCAAGACAUUACUAUGAGAUAAAAA